UAGUAGUAGUGAAUGACACAGCUUUGCCAGAUGACAUGUAGCGGACCUCUGCAACAGCCAAGAGGAAUUAAGCUUUGUCGCUCCCCACUGGGACUACCUUUCUCCUGGUAUGUGCGCAAGGAAUUCAGAUGCAGCUGCCUGCCGCUGCAGCCACCAGAGCAGAGCCCCGAGUACACUUUGCCAGAGAAAGCAGUGAGCGAGAAUGAUAGCUGUCUCUUUUAAAUGCCGCUGUCAGAUUCUGAGGCGACUUACCAAAGAUGAGAGUCCCUACACUAAAUCCGCCAGCCAGACAAAGUCGCCUGAUGGAGCAUUGGCUGUGAGGAGACAGAGCAUCCCAGAGGAAUUCAAGGGCUCCACCGUGGUGGAACUCAUGAAGAAGGAAGGCACCACUCUCGGCCUGACAGUAUCAGGAGGAAUUGAUAAAGACGGCAAGCCAAGAGUGUCCAACCUGCGACAGGGAGGGAUUGCUGCCAGAAGUGACCAGCUGGAUGUGGGGGACUACAUCAAAGCCGUGAAUGGGAUCAACCUGGCCAAAUUCCGCCAUGAUGAGAUCAUCAGCUUGCUAAAGAAUGUGGGAGAAAGAGUGGUUCUGGAGGUGGAGUAUGAGCUUCCCCCAGUCUCGGUACAAGGAUCGAGUGUUAUUUUCCGAACAGUGGAGGUCACAUUACACAAAGAAGGCAAUACCUUUGGUUUCGUGAUACGAGGGGGAGCUCACGAUGAUAGAAAUAAGUCUCGUCCAGUUGUGAUAACCUGCGUUCGCCCUGGAGGGCCUGCUGACAGAGAGGGCACCAUCAAACCUGGAGACAGGUUGCUCAGUGUGGAUGGAAUUCGGCUUCUUGGAACCACACAUGCAGAAGCCAUGAGUAUUCUUAAACAGUGUGGACAGGAAGCGACGCUGCUGAUAGAAUACGAUGUCUCCGUAAUGG